AUGUCGCCCGGUGACGACUUGCUCGCCUUGCUGGCCAAAGACGAGAUCGUCGACGCAGCUAUCAAGCAGGAUGUGCCGAUGGACAAGCGCCAGUUGGAAAAUCUUAAGCGACUGUACCACCGCUUCGUCUCUGCAGGGAAGCAAGCCCCCAACCCCCUAUUGACGCGAUUUCGAAAUCUCAGCGUGCUCACCAUUCCCGAAGUGUGGAAGGGUUACCUUGAUCAGUUCGGCACCGAGCCCGGAAAGGUUUUGGUCGACGAGGGCGAGGUCCCCGAAGAGACCGGACUCCAGGCCACGCCCGCCGGUGCGCUGCUCGCGCGUUCGCAAGUGGUCGCCCGGCUGAAGCGAGACAGGGAUUCCGAUCGCCCCGUCGUGCUCUUUUACAUGCUGUUCUACCUCGACCUCACGCGCCAACUCUUUCCCAACCAUAAACUCUCGCAGCGAGGUCUUGGCCCAGUGUUGAGGGCAGAUGUGGAAAAGAUCCUGAAGCCUCUGGCAAAGCACCUGGUCGGAGCACUCGAGGAAAACGUUACGGCGAAUGAGGCAUUCUGGCACUGGUUCAACCAGGGGCUGAAGGUGAGCAUCCUGGUCGACAAGUUUGGCCCAGGCUGCCUCUUCGUCCUGAGCCAGCAUCUCUCGGACGACUUUUUGCAGAAACUUCCAGCUAGCGGACAAGUCCACAAUCAGUUGAUGAGCGAUCUGGAGACGCGUCUCGCGCUACCCGCGCUCCUGGAGAAGAGCAGACUCGACACCCUAGGCUCGAACCUGCGGGCGCGCUUGCUAAUGCCGUACCAGGGGCUCACCUUGCAAGAUCUCACCGGUGCGGGUGAAGCAGGUCGGCCUGGAAAGCGUAGGCGGACUGGGCCGGCGCUUCUGUCUGGUUCCGGAUGA